AUGAACGCUACGGCGCCAGCGUUGAUUCCGCCCUUCCGCUUCAGUACGGUGCAGCAGGGGCUGUACCGCGGCGCGUACCCGACGCUCAAGAACUUCCGCUUCCUGCGUCGUCUUGGACUGAAGACUCUGGUGUCUGUGAUCCCGGAGCCGCCCACGAGCGACCUGGCAGAUUUUUGCGCCAACGAGAAGAUCACGCAAUUGCACUUCUACGCUGAGAAGUUCACGUCCGAUAAUGUGACCGUGUCGCCUGCGACGGCAGCACAAAUCGUAGAAAUCCUCGUACAGAAGAAGAACUUACCGCUGUAUAUUCACUGCCUGGACGGAUCCAAUGUCACGGGAAUCGUCGUCAUGAUCCUCCGAAAGCUCCAGAAUUGGACCAAACUCGCAACAGUCUCGGAGUUCUGCAGAUUCACACGGGAUCAUGGCAUCGAGAAGGAUGAAUCCGAGUAUCUGGCAGCCUUUUCAGAGGAGAUCGUCGUGACUGCCGACGCUCCGCAAUGGCUGUGGAACGGAGUACGUGUGACGAAACACCCGACGAUGAUCGUGCAUCAACCAGACCUAGAGCUCGCAACAGCCAACACGCUGGAUGCUGCUGGGAACCCGAACAACGGCGCUCCGAAUCUUAAAUGGGAGACGGAAGUCGAAAAGACUGAGGCCAUUCUACGUCAGUUCGAGGAAGCCAGUCGCAACCGCAUUGGAGAAGUUGUCGAGGGUAGUGAGGAGGUGGAGACCAUCAUCGAAGACGCGCUACAGGACCUCCCACUUACUCGGUCACUCGAAGCAUUGGACCUUGCAGGAGUUUGA